AUGUCAAAGGUUUUCGACUAUGGCGAGGUCGCGCAGCACAACACAGCGGAAAGCUGCUGGGUAAUUCUUUACGGCAACGUUUACGAUGUAACGCGCUUCAUCCCCGAGCACCCUGGCGGCUCCAAAGUCAUCCUCCAACUCGCCGGCACCGACGCAACCGAAGAAUACGAUCCCAUCCACCCGCCGGGCAUCCUCGAAGAGAACCUCGAAGCUUCGGAUAAGCUCGGCACCAUCAACACAGACACCCUCCCGAAAGAGGAGAAGACACCAGAAGAGACGGGCGAGGCGCAGGAUGAAGGUCCGGUGGAUCUGGACAGCCUGCUGAACCUCGAUGAGAUUGAAGAGGUGGCAACGAAGCAGAUACCAUACAAGGCCUGGGCAUACUACUUCUCUGCGAGUGACGACCUGCAGAGCAAGUCCUUCAACAACAGCGUAUACCGAAGCAUACUGCUGCGGCCACGCGUCUUCGUCGACUGCACCCGCUGCGACACAUCGACGUCCUUCAUCGGCAACAAUGUCAAACUCCCCAUCUACGUCUCGCCCGCCGCCAUGGCGCGCCUCGCCAACGCCGACGGCGAAUGGGGCAUCGCGCAAGCCUGCUCGCAAUACGGCGCCAUGCAAAUCAUCUCACAAAACGCGUCCAUGACGCCCGAACAAAUCGUCGCAGACGCCACCCCUGGCCAGGUCUUCGGCUGGCAACUCUACGUCCAGAACGAGCGCCAGAAGAGCGAAGCCAUCCUCGCCCGCAUGAACAAACUGGAUUGUAUAAAAUUUAUCUGCCUCACGCUCGACGCGCCCGUUCCCGGUAAACGCGAACACGACGAGCGCAGCAAGAACGUCGGCUCCAACCUCCCCGUCCGUGCCUCGGUCCAGGAAUCACAAUCGCUGUCUAAGACUAGCACGAGCGCAGUUACACCCACACAAGCCAGCGAAGAUGAGAAACCAAAGCCGAAGUCAAUGGGUAUGGGUCAGUCGUUAUUCUGGGGCACAGCCGCAGAUUUGACGUGGCGCUCUACUUUGCCCUGGCUAGCGAAACACACGGACAAACCCAUUGUACUCAAGGGCAUUCAAACGCACGAAGAUGCUUACCUGGCUUCUCUACACGCACCCCAUGUCAAAGCUAUCAUCCUGUCAAAUCACGGCGGCAGGGCUCUCGACACCGCGCCCCCGGCUGUGCACACACUUCUCGAGAUACGAAAGUACUGUCCUGAAGUAUUCGAUCGCAUCGAGGUAUGGGUAGACGGCGGCAUCAAGCGCGGGACAGAUGUAGUCAAGGCACUCUGUCUCGGUGCCAAAGGUGUGGGCGUGGGACGGGCGGCGUUGUUUGGAUUGGGUGCGGGUGGUAAGGAGGGUGUUGCGAGGGUUCUUGAGAUUCUGAAAGCGGAAACGGAGACGUGCAUGCGUUUACUGGGUGUGGAAAAGGUGGAGCAAUUGGGCAUGCAGUAUAUCAACACGAGAGCUGUUGAACGGGAUAUCUGGGAUGGACCGGGUAUGGAGAGGACGGCUGUGAAGGCUAAGUUGUAG